AUGACAUCAAAAGGCUUUGGGAGUCAAGCGGACCUGAAACAUCAGUGUGAAAUUUUACUUGAUCAUCAAACCCAAUAUGUCAAGCUAAUCGACGAACGUCGACGAGCAGAAGAUGAAAUGAUGGAACGAAUUUACAUUAAAGAAAUAAGUGAAAUUAACAGGGAGUAUGAGGGGGUUAAGAACCAAGUAAAGGCCAAGAUUCUAACUGACCUGCAACAGAAGCGAAAAAAGUGGCACUGGAUAGAAAGCGAUGUCUCUGAUUCUUGCGAGUUACCAAAACUCUCAUCUGUUUCCCAAAUUGCCCCACUGAGGCCGUUGAGAAAGCUCCGAAAAAGGGGAAACUCUUUGCCAAAAGUGGAUCCUUCUUCAGAAGAUAAUAUUGCCAGCAUCCUGCUCAAUGGAAAAGGAGCGGGAAGGCAAACUGUUGCCCUUCCCUCGACAUAUCAAGCGCUAAAAGACCAUGAAAUUGAGGCUGACAUUAAGCUGCUGUUCUCCUCAAUAGAAACCUAA